AUGGCGCUAUCUAGUGAUACUUUCUUCAGUGAUUCCAGAAACCAGGAAAUAUUGCAGCUGUUCGACGUAACGCGUUCUGAAGAAGGAUGGUAUACAUGCUUGCCUGUAAAUCAAUUCCUUAGCCCGAUCUACUAUAGUCACUAUUUGAAAGUGAUUAGGGACGAGGUGAGUACUGUUCUUGCUGUCAAUCAAACAGAAAAUUUGACUGCUCCUAAAUUUAAAAAACUCGAUGGCUUGAGCAGAGUGAUGAUAGGGUACGAAAGAAAUACGAUGAAAUUAAAUUGUGAAGCUGAAGGUAAUCCUUUACCGAACAUAACAUGGUAUAAAGACGGAGUCACACCACCUCAACGUCAAUGGGGUGUAAUCACAUAUACUCAAUGGGCCAUAAUACUGGACGAUUUAACAGUAUCGGAUUCUGGUCAUUACAAGUGUGAAGUAAUCAACGAGAACGGAUUUAUAGAUUACACUUAUAAGCUCGAAGUUCGAGGUAAGCAUGAAGAUAAUUAGGUACAUUGUUUGAUAAUUAAUUAUAUUGUAUUUAAUCAAUUUUGAAAAAAAACAAGAAAUAUUGACACUAAUUUUAUAAAAUAAAUCACAAAUUAAAAA